GCAGCCAGGUAGACCAUCACACAGUCCGCCGAACGCCGCGUCGAGUACAACAUCCGCCGCCUUCACGCUAUGCCAGUGUAACGCUCUCUCGAGAAAUGGGUUCCAAGAUAGAGUACGUGGACUCGUCCCAGAUCUACGCGACGAGCUACGUCCGCAACUCAAAAGCCAUCGGCGUGCUGUGGGCCAUCUUCACGAUAUGCUACGCCAUCAUCGGGGUGGUCUCCUUCGUGACCCCCGAGUGGAUAGGCGACAUAGACAGUGAGAAUCCGGGAAAGUUCGGGCUGUGGUCCGUUUGCUACGCGGAAGAGAACGGAGAGGAGUGCAAGGGGAGGCUGGACGACUUCAUGAGCAUCCCCACGAACGCCUUCCAGGCGGCCACCGCGUUCGUCGCGCUGGCCGUGCUCACGGCCCUCCUGACCAUCUGUGCCAUGAUCCUGUUCUUCUUCUGUCACUCCACCACCGUCUUCCACGUCUGUGCGUGGCUCCAGCUCAUCUCCGCUGUCUGCAUGAUAGGCGGCUGCGCAGUCUUCCCUGCGGGCUGGUCGGACAACAGCGUGCGCAGGGUGUGCGGUUCCGCAGCGGAUAAGUACGCUCUCGGCACCUGCGGUAUCCGCUGGGCUUACCUUUUGGCUGCCAUAGGGUGUCUGGACGCCGUCAUCCUGUCCACCCUCGCCUUCAUUCUAGCCACCAGGCACGUGAGGCUGCAGCCAGAUCCCCAUUACGCUGCGGCUAGUCUCUUUAAAGGUGAAAUGAACAGCGCCUUCGUGGGCGAUUCGGCCAGCGUGGCAGGAUCGAGAAAGUCCAUGAGCAUCCACCCAGUCCUGCUGAUGCAUCCGGGACAGGACGACACGUACUCCCAGUUCUCCCAAAGGACGGUACCGAGAUCCACCCAUUCCAGCCAUUACUCCCAUCCCCACUCGCUUCAUCGGAAUUUUCAACUAUGAACGUUAGCCUGAGGAUGACCGUACGAAACGGGCACUUCAACUGCGACUUGAUAGUGGAGUAGUGUGGGGUAUUGCUGUAUUAGGUCUGGUUGCGGACUACUGAUUAUUUUUUUUAUUUAUGUAUAAUACUCGUAGUUACUUAUUAAGGUUUAUUUUUGUAAAAAAAUUACAAGUGUCAUUGAUUGUGGAUAACGGAUAUGCUGCUUUAUUUGAGAGUUACUGUGGUGAUGAUUAAAGAAAGCAGGUAUACUGUUUUUAACGCUGAAUUGUAAAUAAUGUAUGUGAAACUAUUUUUUAAUAAAAUAAUUAUUUAUAAA